CUGAAGCCCCAGGCUCUCUGGGGUGUAUAAAAGGGCUGAGCUCCUUGCACAGCUCCAUCCACACUCCAGCACUUGACUCCUCUCAUCACUCGGGUAAGUGCAGCUCUGUGAAGCCUCUUGAGGAUCUCUCUCAACACCACUCCAGCCUCACACCUUUGCCUCUUUCCCGGGGUGUUUUCCAGAAGCCUCUACCAGUCUCCAGGAUGUCCUGCUGUGUCCCCAGCUGCGGCGUGGCCUCCCCGGCCCCUCUGGCUGACACCUGCAACCAGCCCUGCGUGCGGCAGUGCCCCGACUCCACGGUGGUCAUCCAGCCCCCGGCCUCGGUGGUCACCUUCCCCGGGCCCAUCCUCAGCUCCUUCCCGCAGCAGAGCGCCGUGGGCUCGGCCGGAGCUCCCUACGUCGGAGGCGGCUUCGGCGGCUCCUCCGGACGCCGUGCGGGCUCCGGCGGCUCCGGGGGCUUUGGGGGCUAUGGAGGUUUUGGGGGAUUCGGAGGUUUUGGGGGCAGCUGCGGCGUCCCCAGAGGCUGCGGGCCCUGCUAAGCCCCAGCCCGAGCGCGCCCCCCGAGCCGGGAGAGCUCCAGGAACGCGCCCGGCCCAUCCCCGCUCGCCAAGGCCCGAUGGAAGAACAGACCGGCAGACAUCCCCCGGCCCCGCUCCGCCGCCUUCCUGCCGGGCUCGGAGCCCCGCAGCGAUCGCUGACC